AUGGGCAAACGGGACCUUCAAAUCAUUCGCAACCGACAGUUCAAGAAGUCAGCACACGUCAAAAUGGAAGGUCCUCUGUCUCUGUUUCUCCAAGUCGAUCCCGCCUGUCUGAUCCUCAUUGUCCUGGGGCUCUCUCUGGUGGAGUACAUGUUCAACAAUUCGUCUGUUCCUAAGCAAGAUUUCGCAGGCAAUCCUCGAAGUUAUAAGGUUGUUGUCAUCAGGAAAAGCAUAAGGUGCGAAAGUGAGACUCCUUUGGCCAGAUAUUGUGGAUUGAGACACCUGCAACUGCGUCAUCGUGCAAAAAUGUUGUCUGGCGUCAAACGGCGGCUUGAUCAGCAGUUCUAAUGUAAAAUACAUAAUGUUUAACAUAUACGCAUAAGCAAUUAGCACUAAGAUGUAAUGUAUUAAUAAAACUAUACAAAAACGCAGCAAAAAUAAACGUGGCUUUUUUGGCGCAUUAAAC